AUCCGUGGAUUUCUCUUUUGUGGUGCCAUAAAGAUGUCAAAGGCCAUAACUUCUGUGAGAUUGCUGGUAAACAUGCUAAGCCAACUCAAAUACAUGUUUAUUGUGAUACUCACUCGGCUGGGUCUCUCUAAACCACAAGAAGAGAACUUUUAUUCAGGGGAGCUUAGCAAUACCACCACAGCCACAGCCAACAACAACAAUUAUGUGCUCAUGUUGGAUUGGUCAUCACUAGUCCCGGUCCCAGUCCCAGUUCCCCUGGUAACAGCAUUCAUCAAGAAACAGAUACCUGUAAUACAGUUCGGCAAUUUCCUGGAGAGAAGAAGAGAAGAUGGUAAGGAUGAAGCUGUGGAGAAGGACGUGAGCUGUGCAGUGUGUUGGGAUUGCAUUAAUAGGCGGCAUGAGAUGAGAGAUCUGUGCAACUGCAGUCAUGUGUUUCACAGAGAUUGCUUGGAUAGAUGGGUGGAUGAAGGUAGGGUCACUUGCCCUUUGUGCAGAUCUAUGCUUCUUCCUCCUAACACCAAUCCAUUGAUGAGUUAUGAUUCUUAA